AUGAUUGACGAAGAUGCCCCACGCGAACCGGGAAAAGUAAAGGGAGAGGCAUGUCCAGAGCAUGAGCACCUGACUAUAAAUGGGCUUGCAACAUUCCAUUGUGUGGAAUCAAGCUACUGUGAUCACCAAUCUGUGUUAACAAUGACAAACAUGAAGCCCUUGGUUCUCUGCUUCUGUCUCCAAGCCAUUGUUGUUAUGAUUACAAUACCAGUAAGCCACUGCAGAACCUUCCUUCCAAACAAUGGAAACCUGAUAGACAGCACCUGCAAGAAGACCCCCAACUACAAUCUUUGCCUUCAAUAUCUCAAGGCAAGCCCUGGGAGCUCCAGUGCUGAUGUCUCAGGGCUGGCUCUAAUCAUGGUCAAAGUCAUGAAAGCCAAAGUAAACGAUGGCUUGAAAAGAAUCCAUGACUUGCAAAAGGGGGGAGCCGGACCUAACCUAAAAAAAGCAUUGAGUUCUUGUGCUGAUAGCUACAACUCAGUGUUGACAACUGAUAUUCCAGAAGCCACUGAGGCUCUGCAGAAAGGGAACCCCAAGUUUGCUCAAGAUGGGGCUAAUGAUGCUGCUAAUGAGGCUAACUACUGUGAGGAAGAUUUCUCUGGGCAUUCUCCUCUCACCCAACAGAACAAUGCUUUGCAUGAUUCUGCUGCUAUUACAUCUGCUAUUAUUAGAUUGUUGCUCUAG